UCCACCUGGUUAUCAGGGUGUGUGCGAUGCUCUUGUGAUGAAGUCACACAGGCUUUCAUCGGUAGGCUGAACGGAAAGUACCCGAGGGACAGUGUCGAGACUAUCUGUAACCUUAUACGGAUACUGGUUCCAAGAAAAGCUUUCAGUCAGUAUGAGAACUGUUACUGUUUAGAGACUGGCCGCCAUCUGGACAUGUGGUAUUUCAAAGAUCUGAAUAAAAAACACACAACGAAUGUAAUGAAACUGCAUUCCCACGGGACAACUAUUUCAGGAUAUUGACAAAUACUAAGACUGACAAAUCAUCGUUCACUGUGCAACAUGGAGAAGCUGGUCAAACAGAUGCUGCUGUACGUGGUAGUGACAGGACUAGUGUUGGCGGUGCUGGCACAGCAGGGCGGAGCACCCGAUUAUGUUACCCUUCAAUUUUCCUACCACGUCCGUGAGGACACCCGAAAUGGCACGAUCCUAUUCAACUUUACAGCCAGAUAUACUGACAGACAUCGUAAUGUUACUGUAACGUCUGCUUCCCCCACCUACGUCACAGUCGAGAAAGCCAAUGGCUCCGAAGACUUAUGGAGUGUCAGACUAAACAACAUCCUCGACAGAGAAACCCUGGACCACAUACAGCUGAAUUUCGACCUUCAAGGUGAUGUUGUUCUUCAAGUCGGCACCACGUUGUUUGUCGACGAUGUCAAUGACAACCCUCCCAAGUUUGAGAAAAUUUUCUAUGCUGCUGAUGUUAGCGAGAGCACGCGUGUGGGGACAACUGUCUUCACUGGCAUCAAAACUACAGACCCUGACGAUGGCAUAGGCAAAACAGUAUCAUACAACAUGACUUAUGUAGGAUCAAGCUCCCAGAACACAUUUACCAUGGACUCCAUCACUGGAAGUGUUCAUCUGACUGGACCACUGGACUUCGAGAAAAUCAACCUUUACCAUUACAUCGUCACAGCAACAGACGGUGGGGGCCUCAACUCCACAGCAGAUCUCAUCUUCACGGUGCUGGACGUUCAGGACACUCCUCCUUUCUUCAUUGGGCUGCCUUACACUGCCUCCGUCGAUGAAGACACCAAAGCGCACACUGUCUUACUCCAAAUUAUGGCGGAGGAUGGAGACAGAUUUCCUGCAAUAUCCAACGCCGUGAAAUACAGCAUCACGGGAGAGUCAUGUGUGGGCCUGUUUCAACUCAACAACAUCACAGGAGCUCUGUCAGUAGGAGACACUCAGCUUGACCGAGACUCGACUCCGUUAACUGAUGUCAACGGUGAAUGCAGUGUAACUGUGCAGGCUACUGAGAUAGACACGCACCCUCCACAGUUGGGAAACACGACUGCCACAACGACGGUAACCAUCACGGUUCACGAUCUCAACGACAAUGCUCCCGCAUUUUCUAGUCCUUCUUUCACAGCCACGAUCAAAGAAAACUCGCCGCCAGGUGUGUCAUUGACCCUACUGUCUAAAGGACAGAUCAUGGUGUCAGACAAAGAUCAGGGCACUAACAGUCUUCUGACGAUAUCACUGAUACAAUCAGGAGAUACCUUUGACCUGGAACAGACCCACAUACAGUCUAACGGUCCAGUUUCUAUCCGCGUCAAGAACCCAGCAAUGCUAGACUAUGAAACGUCUGAUACACUUAGUGUUACGAUCGUUGCCACUGACAACCCAGUUAAAGGCCCUGGGAGGUCAGCGUCUGUCACAGUGACAGUGAACAUCCAGCCUGUGAACGAGUUCACACCAGAGUUCAUCGCAGUGGACAUCAAGGUCUCUGUGCCUGAAGGAAGUCCUGUGGGAUACCUGGUGGUCAACGCCUCGGCUUUUGACCGAGAUAAAGGUGGAAGUGAUGGAAUGAUAACCUACUCGCUUCAGAACGACCAGGGAAUGUUUCGAAUCGACCCCAAUACCGGUGUUGUGUACGUGGCCUCACAAGCCACUGACCGCGAGACGAAGGACACCUACAAUUUGCUCGUGCAGGCACAAGAUGGAGGAGGACUCCUCAACAGCACGUCUCUGACAAUAACUAUUGAAGACAUAAACGACAACAAACCUAUUUUCCAGAGAACUCAGUACGACGCCAUCUUGUCUGAAAAUAGCACCACUUUCACCAGACCUUUACGGCUGGAGGCGUCAGAUGAUGACAAACCUGGAACAGUGAACAGCAACAUUACAUACACGCUGUCACCGAAUUCAUCUCCUGAUAAUUUUCACAUUGACCCACUGACUGGUGACCUUACAGUCGUCCGCCCACUGGACUAUGAAUCUGUCUCAUUCCUUGCUGGACAGCCAGGGACCAUCACCCUCACAGCAGUAGCCACAGAUCAGGGACAGCCGGCUCAAAGCUCCACAGUGCCCAUCACCAUCACUCUUUUGGACGUCAACGACAACGCUCCAAACUUCAAACAGUCAUCAUACUCGCAAAUAAUUAAAGAAGAUGCUUCUCUAGAUUCCGUCGUCUUGACUGUUAGCGCAUCUGAUGCUGAUGGCAGCGCCCCCAACAACCUGGUGUCGUACUUCAUUGAAAGCGGCGCUCAGGAUCGGUUUCGGAUUAGCUCCACGACCGGAGAGAUAAAGGUUUCAGGUCCCUUGGAUCGCGAACAAACAUCAAGUUAUCUACUAACCAUCGUCGCCAGGGACCAGGCAGAGAACCCCAAGUCCUCUUAUUGUACUGUCAACAUCACACUCUCAGACGUUAACGACGAAAAGCCGACGUUUGGCGAUCGGAGUGACGUCAUUAAAGACGUCAGCGAAACUACAUCCGGUCAACUCUACGUCAUGACAGCUACAGACCCGGAUCUGAACAACCAGCUCCGAUACUCCAUCCUGUGGAAUGAUAGUACUGGACAGUCCGGCAACUUCACUAGUUUGGAUCCUCAGGUCUUGAAACAAUGGAUUGCAAUAAAUAACAAUACUGGAGCACUGAUGGCUCUUAAUCCGCUAGACAAAACAGCGACGAGAAUGUUCACUUUGGCCAUACAAGUGGAGGACAUCAAAGCUGAACAAAACAAACCUCAAUCCGCAAAAGGAUUUGUGAAGAUAAACAUAAUCGACAUCAACAACAACCCACCUCGCUUUAGUCCCAGUGGGUCGGUGACGGCGAGUGUCACAGAAAACAGUGUGGAGGGCAUGGCGCUUCUCUUGACUGGUUCCAUUCAUGUUGCUGAUCUCGAUGAGAAUGAAAAUAGUCAGUUUAAACUGACCCUCGAAGGGCCGUUCGCACAAUACUUUGAGGUGUACCCUGUGGAGGUGCAGUCGUCUGCCGAUGUCAUUAUUCGAGUGAAAAACAACACCGUCCUGGACUAUGAGUCGCGGAAAACUCUAGACCUCAAAAUAACAGCCAGGGAGACGUUGACGGCCGAAAAACUACAUGACAGCUUGGUGGUCCACGUGACCAUACAGGACGAGAACGACAACAGUCCUGUCUUCACCAAACAUUCCUACAACGUCUCCAUUCCAGAGAACACCAAACAUGGAACUUCCAUCUCCACUGUUCAAGCUGUUGAUAAAGAUGGAAGUCUGAAGUUUAACACAGUCACCUACUCACUGCCAGACUCCAACGGUUUAUUCCUCGUUGACAGCAAAUCAGGGGUCGUGACGGUUGCCCAGGACGACGGCCUUGACUACGAGAAGAGACAAGCCUACAGCCUGACAGUCGAGGCUACGGAUGGUGGAGGAAGGCGGGACACUGCCACACUCAACGUCGUCCUCACCGACGUCAACGAUAACAGCCCGAUAUUUGUGAAACCCGAGUACUCGGCCUUUCUAACUGAAAACAAAACUUCAUUUGACGCCUUGUUAGAAGUGAAAGCGACAGAUGGCGACAAGAGUGGAACACAGAACAGCAACAUUACAUACACUCUCUCAAAAACUUCAUCUCCUCCUGGACAUGUUGAUAAUUUUCACAUUAACCCUCUUACUGGUGGGGUUACAGUCGUCCUUCCAAUGGACUAUGAAUCUGUCUCAUUCCUUGCUGGACAGCCAGGGACCAUCACCCUCACAGCAGUAGCCACAGAUCACGGACAUCCGGCUCUAAGCUCCACAGUACACGUCACCAUCACUCUGUUGGACAUCAACGACAACGCUCCAAGCUUCAAACAUCUAUCAUACUCAGCAUCAGUUAAAGAAAACACUUCUCUCGGUUCCGUCGUCACGACUGUUACCGCAUCUGAUGCUGAUGGCAGCGCCCCCAACAACCUGGUGUCGUACUUCAUAGAAAGCGGCGCUCAGGAUCGGUUUCGGAUCAGCGCCACGUCCGGAGAGAUAAAAGUUUCAGGUCCCUUGGAUCGCGAACAAACAUCAAGUUAUCUACUGACCAUCGUCGCCAGGGACCAGGCAGAGAACCCCAAGUCCUCUAAUUGUACUGUCAACAUCACACUCUCGGACGUUAACGACGAAAAUCCGACGUUUGGCGAUCGGAGUGACGUCACGAUUGACGUCAAUGAAACUGCAUCCGGUCAACUCUACGUCAUGACAGCUACAGACCCGGAUCUGAACAGCCAGCUCCGAUACUCCAUCCUGUGGACUGAAAGUACUGGACAGUCCGGCAUCUACACUAGUUUGGAUGCUAAGGUCUUGAACCAAUGGAUUGGAAUAAAUAACAAUACUGGAGCACUGAAGGCUCUUAAACCGCUAGACAAAACAGCGACGAGAAUGUUCACUUUGGCCAUACAAGUGGAGGACAUCAAAGCCGAACAGAACAAACCUCAGUCCGCAAAAGGACUUGUGAAGAUAAACAUAAUCGACAUCAACAACAACUCACCUCGCUUUAGUCCCAGUGGGUCGGUGACGGCGAGUGUCACAGAAAACAGUGUGGAGGGCACGGCGCUUCUCUUGACUGGUUCCAUUCAUGUUGCUGAUCUCGAUGAGAAUGAAAAUAGUCAGUUUAAACUGACUCUCGAAGGGCCGUUCGCCCAGUACUUUGAGGUGUACCCUGUGGAGGUGCAGUCGUCUGCCGAUGUCAUUAUUCGAGUGAAAAACAACACCGUCCUGGACUAUGAGACGCGGCCAACUCUAGACCUCAACAUAACGGCCAUGGAGACGUUGACGGCCGAAAAACGACAUGACAGCUUGGUGGUCCACGUGACCAUACAGGACGAGAACGACUACAGUCCUGUCUUCACCAACCACUCCUACAACGCCUCGAUUCCAGAGAACGCUACACACGGAACAUCCAUCUGCACUGUUAAUGCGACGGAUGGAGAUAGAAGUCAACAGUUUAAAACAGUUACCUACUCGCUGCCAGACUCUAACGGCUUAUUCCUCGUUGACAGUAAAUCAGGGGUCGUGACGGUUGCCCAGGACAACGGCCUUGACUACGAGAAGAGACAAGCCUACAGUCUGACAGUCGAGGCUACGGAUGGUGGAGGAAGGAGGGCCACUGCCACCCUCAACGUCGUCCUCACCGACAUCAACGAUAACCCUCCGAUAUUUGAGAAACCCGAGUACUCGGCCUUCGUCACUGAAAACGUGACUUCCUUUUACACCCCGAUAACAGUGAAAGCCACUGAUGCUGAUGCUGGUGUCAAUAAGGAGAUAGAAUAUUUCGUGUUAAACACUUCAACUUUACAUCUAAACUUCACGGUGGACAAAUCUACUGGACAGCUUGGCUUAGUCUCGCCUUUGGAUUACGAGUCUUUACCUGACAAGACAACAGGUAGAGUGACUCUGCUGGUAGGCGCUCGAGACCACGGCUCACCUUCUCGAAGUACCAGCGUCUCUGUCGUCGUCACCGUCAAGGAUGCUAAUGACUGUACACCCAAGUUCAAUUCGUCACUUUACCAUUGUUCGAUUCCAGAAAAUACUGCAGCAGGUUCUCGGGUGGCUUCUGUCAGCGCGACAGACGCCGAUGGAAGCGCGCCAAACAACGCCAUCUUCUUCGUCUUGGGCUCGGGUGGGUCCGGUAACUUUAGGGUGGACAGCACUACAGGGGAGGUCACUGUGGCGCUAGAAUCCCAUCUAGACCGCGACACGACCCCAGCCUUCAAUUUGACUGUCCUCGUGCUGGACAGGGGGGACCCUCCACGUUCCUCCAGCGCUACCGUCACCGUUAGACUCAUUGACAUCAACGAUGAACCUCCGGCGUUUAACGAAUUACAAAGCAGUCGGAAUAUCAGCGAAAACGCUCCUCAAUGGAUGACUGUAGCCGUCAUGAGAGCCCUAGAUAGAGACAGUAACCCUGACUUGAUGUACGAGAUAGUGCAGAAUGAAACAGAAGCUUACAACGACCGGGGCACCAGUGUCAACAUCAACAGCGUAUGGGACUGGUUUGCGAUAAACUCCAUGACUGGCGAGGUUUAUGUCAACUCCACGUGCGACCGAGAAACUGCGGAGACCGUUAUGUUGGUGCUAAAGGUCACAGAUAAGAAUGGCGUGCUUAACAUCCCACAGACAGCUUCAGCGAAAAUAACUAUCACAUUAAACGAUGUGAACGACUGUUACCCUGAGAUCAAAGGUCCUCAACUGCUGAACGUGUCCGAAGCCGUAACCAUAGUAACAGAGGUCGCUUCCUUCACCGCAACAGACAGAGACAGAGACCAGACGGUCACCUUCUCCAUCCCAGAUACCACGUCCUCAUUUUCCGUUACACCAGACGGCAAGAUUUCUCUAAGAAAAAAGCUGGACAGAGAAAGUCAGGAUACCCUCAGCUUUACUUUGGUUGCUACUGACAACGGAUCGCCCGCUUUGUCAUCUAACGUGACUGUCGUAGUCAAUGUGAUCGACGCCAAUGACAAUGCCCCUAACAUCACUAAUGCCAACACGACUUUUUUUGUCUUUGAGAAUGCUACUCUGGACACGUGGGUCGCUCUCAUUACUGCUGAAGAUCGUGAUGAAGGGGGCAAUGGAAGAGUCUCCUUUGGUUUUGAAGACGAUGUCCAGGACUUCGACAUUACCACUGAUCCGGGAAAUAACGGUGCAAUCACAGUGAAAAAUACCCUAGACCGUGAAAAGAAAGAUACAUACACUCUGAGUGUCGUUGCUCUUGACAACCCCACGUCAGACUUCAAACUCCGUUCCACGAAGCAGAUCGAGAUCAAGGUCUUGGAUGUCAAUGACAAUGCACCCGAGUUCCACCCGGCUAAUACAACCAUAUUUGGUAGAGUUGUGGAGACUGCUACGAAGGGUGACAGAGUGUCAGACAUCAGUCCAGAAAUAAAAGUCACAGACCAGGACUUGGGGCAAAACGCAAAACUGACAUAUCAACUGACUCCGGAGCCUGGAAGUCUCGACUUGUUUACCGUCCACCCGGCUACUGGCAACAUAUUAGUCAACAUCAAUCUUACAGGAAAGGCAGGAGACUAUUUUUACAUACUGACAGUGACUGAUGGCGGGGAUCCACCCCUGAGUGCCACAGCCAAUGUUACUUUGAAGGUUAUAGAUGUCAACCUCAAUGCACCUCGCUUUGUGGACAUUGGACCGGUGCCGCCAGUAUCUGAGUGUUUAGAGCCAGGGUCAUCAAUCUACACUUUCCUUGCUACUGAUGAAGACAAGGACAAAGACACUAACGGCAAAGUGGAGUAUUUUCUGGACAACACCACGAUCAGAGCCGACGACUUGGUUUUCUUUCGCCUUGACCGUGACAGCGGCGUGCUCACGUUGGCACCGAACAAGAAGUUCGACAGGGAGACAAAAUCGCAGUUUGUGUUGCGGAUUCUCGCAAAGGAUAAAGGACUUCCAACCCCUCUUUCCACUAUGUCAGAUCCGGUGACGAUAAGCAUCAACGAUACAAACGAUAACCCCGCUCAGUUCAAGCAGAGUCCACCAGAGUUUGCAGUGGAGGAGAACAAGUAUGCUAUUGUAGUUGGCAGUGUCCUUGCACUUGACAACGACACUGACGCAAGGACCUGCUAUAAGUUUGAGCCCAGUGAGUUCUCCGACUACUUUGCUGUCGAACCUGAUUCACAUCAAGAAGGUGUCAUCACGCUGGUAAAGCCUCUGGACAGAGAAAAGCAAAGUGAGGUCACGGUCACAGUCACAGCUCAUGAUUGUACUCCUGGCGGUAACUGUGGUGUAGAUACACAGACACCGACGUCACUUAAAGUGCGAGUCGUUGUAAAAGAUGUCAACGACAACCCUCCCAUCUUCACCACCUCCGUUAUUUCUGCUGGUUUCCUGGCGACAUCAGAGUAUGGGACAGAGAUCCUGAACCUGCAGGAACUGGUGACGGAUCCAGACCUGGGGCCAAACCGCUUACACCAGUUCUAUCCGGUGGGUCCCAUAGAGGCUGAUGCAAGUUUAAACCUGUUUAACCUGGACAGUCCACUGAAGCUGAACGUCAACGGAAGUCUACAGACCAACCGAUCCUUCACACCGGAAAUGCAGGGCUUGUUCAAAUGGCGAGUCUUGGCCAACGAUUCCGCUGGGAGCAACCAAACACUUCUGAAACUCUUCAUAGUCGGGACAGACCAGAUCAUUCGGAUUUCGCUCUUUCACUCCAAAGACGAAUUGAGGACAUUGAAGUCACAAAUACUGAGUUUUAUGCGGAAUACAUCGGAGUACAAUUUCAUUGACGACGGUACUGAGGAUUUUAUAGUUGGAGAUGGAAAGGCUGAUCCUUCGAGGUCUGUGUUGAUUCUGCACGCGGUGGAUAAAGACGACAAACUCAUCAGUGCGGCGACCAUACAAAAUGAACUCGACCACAAUACCAAUCUGGUGCAAGGUCUAAACAAGUUUCAAGUCCUGUCCAUAGAGUCUGCAAGAGAGGCUGAGGUGAAGGCAAACGACAGUAUCAAACUGGAGUACGUUCUUGUCGGCAUUAUCGCUGCCCUCAUCAUUGCCUUCCUCAUCACGCUGACUGUGAUGAUAGCGAACAUAUACAGGUUCAAACGCAAGCUGAAGGCGAGCACCACUGAAUCCUAUCCAAUGACAAGGGCUAACACAGUCAUAAAGUUGAAUCCUGGGACCAUGAGGAACAACCCAAUGUAUGGCAAGGAGCAGAUUGGAGAGACGGGCGAUGAUGAUGACAGCCGCUUCGACUACUACUCGAUUGACGACAACAACGUCGACAACCGUCCAGCAAAAGUAAACGAGACAGACGAGCAGGAAGUGACGUUGGACCUGUACGGCACGGAAACCAGUUCACCCCUUCCUCCAAGAAAAGGAAACAAGCUCCUGGAUGAGGUCCUUCAAGAACACGAACUAACUAGUGAGCAUGCUAAAAACGGUGUGUCAAAGCAGGUUUCCAAUGGCAACGUCUAUUCCUCCCAUUUUUAAUGUGACUGGCCUAAAAGGUUCAAAAAUCUAGAAUAUUUAUGUGUGGCAUUGAAAAGGACAAUAAAGGAGAGUGGGACUUACUGCUGCCAUGAUGUGACAAGUGCAAAUUACAAAUGACAACUUAAAAUCGCAUCUAAAGACAUUAUUUUCUAGUCUUCUAAAGCUUCCUGUCAGAAGUGAAACAACAGCAGAGCCCCGCCACACUACACGUUUCUCUUUUUGUAACGAUGUUUUAACAAAAUACUAAUUAAUGAAGACGGUAUAAAUAUUUUCAAAUACAAUUUGUUUUGAGUACCCAUGCAUUUCAACUUUUUUCUCAAGUAUGAACAAUGCAUAAUGUUUUUAUAGGACCUUGUUAAUGCAUUUGGCUUGUUGUAAAUUUGUGUUAAAGACAUAUAUGCAUGCAAAUGACUUAUGUCAGACGAGGAUAUCAUUUUAAAAACAAACAUAAGUGAAUAAUUCCUUUCUGCUCCGUUUCCAUGCAUUUUCGCCGCCAUGCAUUUUGUCCUGACCUACAACAUUAAUGGAUCCGCCGAAUAAUGGACACGUGUUUGCUGCCUUCCAGUUUUUUCUAACCUUAGACUUUUGUCAUAGUUUCUCGAAGUGGAUUGUGAAUUGUUUUUGUUUUCAAGUAUUCAAUGAAGGAAGAUGGAGGGAGGAGGUGAAUGUUGAUUUAAAUAUCAAAAGAAAUAUAUCUAUUACUGCGUCCAACUUAACUAAUUUUGAAGCAAAUUGCACAAUAGUAAAGUUUAAACAGUAUUACAUGUAUUUAUUAAUCUGUUGUACAAUUUAAAAUUUUUUAAAAAAAGAGUGUUUUAAAUUAUUAUAUCUGCUUUGAAAUUUGUAUUUUUUCUGUAAAUAUUAAACGCUAAGAAAUGUAGCAUUUGUAUAUUAACAUUUGUCUUUCUGUAAGGGGACGCAACACACGAGAUUAUCUUUUACUGUCCAGUUUUAUUCAUAGCCUUGCUUAUAUUUAAUAUUUAUCUUUUCCAUAACCUUCGUUCAGCUGGACUUCAUUUUAUUUUAUCUCUAUAUUAGGAAAGUGGAUUAUAUCACACUUUAAUGGCUCUGUAUCACUCACCUGUUUGUUUCUGUAAGCCAUGUCAUUAAUUUUGUAAAACUCUCUGACUCUAGUCCGCAUGCAUUGCUGUUAAUUGCAAUUUCGAUAUUAAUUAAUACGUGAAACGUUUGUUCAGUGCAGUUGAAGUACAAUACUAUUAUUAAGAAUACAUUGUCAGUUUGUUACUUUGUAGUAUGCACACCACAUGUAUGAGAAGGAAAAAGAUUUUUUUCACUGAUUGCCGGUCCUCGCCUGCAUGUAAAUGUGCAUCUUUGUCAUAAUUAUAUGUAGUUCUUUGAAUAGAUAAUUGCUCAAUCUUGAAAUUAUGAAGGUGGUGUGUUUUUUUCGUGUAGUCGAUUUUCUGCUAACAAAAAUCUUUUCAGUAAAAGGGUCAAAUGCCAAGCAGAAUAUCAAGUAAAAUGUCAAUUAUCUUGUUCCAGAAGAAGAAUCAGAUCGAAUGUACAGCAAAUCUAUGUCAAACUAUAAUUUCUGGUUAUUUUUAAGAACAGAGACCAACGAACUCUACCGGUGUAUGCCAUGUAAAAUAUUGCUUUAGCAAGCGUAUAUAAAUGUACUGCUGGUGGUGAGAAGAGGACGAUGAUAACGAUCAUAAGGACGACCGCAAGAGAAAUCAGGAAGCUGUGUGCUUAUCGUGAAAUAAAGCAUCAAAGACGUGUUUA